AGGGAAGCUGGGCGCCCCCCAGCAGCAUUGCCAUGGGGUACCUGCCUCCUCCCAAAAAUUGUGCUGUCCUGCAAGAGGACAGAAGGAAAGUGGUGUAUGUCUCCUGGGCUACACUGCCUCAGGUAGGUGGAUGCUCUGUAGCUUCCUGCUUCAGGGCUGGAGGUGGAGGGAUGCUUGGGACAGCCUUCCUGGGUGGCACAGAGGGCUGUGCUCAAGCCCUUUCCCACCAACAUGAGGCGUCUGAUGUGAAGAGGAGCUCCAGCGGCAACUGUAGUGGGGCUAGCACAGAGAAAGCUAAGGAAGCACUCAGGGCCUUUCCUGGCAUGUAAAGUCACAGGGGCAGCCCAGAUGGUGGUGGCUGCAUGCCAGGAACCUGGGUGGCAGAGGGCCCAGGCUGUCUCCCCUGCCCUGAAGGCUGGCACAGAGCCAGGGUUAAGUGCUCAUCCAGCAGCACAAGGUUGCAGAGGUGCCUGGGCUGCUCAGCCCGCAGGAGGUGGCCAGUGCAAGCACAACGGAGCAGUCUGGAGUGGCAUGAGAGCAGUGAAAACCCUGUGGCAAGAGAACAGAAGGCCCUGCAAUGGUGACAAGAGCUUGUUCACACCCUGGCAGCACCUCGCUGUGAAGGGGAUGAGCAGCAUUGGCCUGGAGGGAAACAGGGUGUGCUGUGAAGCACAUCUGGCUGAGGGGGAGCAGCCCCAGCCUGGGCUCAUCCUUUGUGGUCCUUGGCACCUGCAGGUUACCAAGAGGACUUACGUGAACAUCUACCAAGUGUUGUCCAGCGGCUCUAACUCCCUCCCUCUAUCAGCUGCCUCAGCCACAGGCACUCUCUCAAGCUGUGAAAUAAAUGGUGGAGUUUCUUUGCUGUGCACUAAAGCACCAAGCUUACUCUCCUUGCAGGGUGCCAGGCACUAGGAAAUGCGCCCUAACACCCAGGGUGUUGGGUUGUAUGGUGCUGAGCACAGAGGUGCCUCAAUUCUGUCCAUGUAUAGCUGUCACUGGGAGGAAUCUCAGUCUCUGGGGCAUUGAGUGCAGACAAUCGGCCCCUGAAAGGCUCAGCACCCCAUGCCAGCUGCCUCUAGGACAGCAAACCUUUGUGGGGGAGAAGUCUCCUCUGGGAAGAAAAGGGACUCAUCAGGCAGGGGGGUCACUGACGCCCCACUCCUCUUAAAGGGUUCUCUUGGGUUCAGGGGUGCUGUGGCUCUAACCUGCCUCUGCCAGGAACCUACUGCAGGCCUGAGCAUGGCACACUGCUCACCACCUUGGUCCUGGUCUCUGCAGUGUAUUUUCUUGGCUUAUCAGCUCCUUCUCCCAGCACCCAGGUCCGUGAUGCUGGAGAGCAGCUCCCAGUCAGGCAGACUAGACACAGGAAGUUCUGCAGGGCUGGCAGGAGCUGGGCAGAUGUGUGCCCCACAGGGAGAUCCCUGCUGCCUUUGUCACUGCCCCCUCCUGAGCGGCAGGUUUGCUUUAAAGACCCUGGCUUCCUUUUAUUACUUCCCCUCUCAAAUUUCAGCUGGUUGCAAGGGCUAUUUUUAGCAGCCUGCCUUCUAAAAAUAGCCCUGAGCUGUUUGGAGUUGCGUCACAAGAGGUAAUUCUCGCCCGUGAGUGGCUUGGCCUCUGCACCCCAGGAGGGUACAAAAGGAGGCCAGGAGCAGCAGGGUCAGCAGGUUCAGCCACAGCCGGAGGCGAAGGAGGCAGCGGUUGCCUGCCAGCGGUUCCCUGCCAGCUUCAGCCAUCCCAGCCCCUGCAGCAUGACCAUCUUCUGCAGCCACUGCCACCGGCCACUGCAGGCAGAGAUGAGCUGCCUGCCUGCGAGGGCCAAGCAGGCGCCCAGCGCCUCCAGGCCGUUCAGGUGAGCUCUCUCCCAUCUCCUGCCCUCCCUCAGGGCUGGGAUGGCCUCCCAGAACCCCGGGAUAGCUGCUGUAGGGUCUGAUGGCCCUUGCUAGGCGCUGACACCAGCCUGGGACAGCGGGACUGCCAGCCAGUGCAUGGGGAGGAGGUGCAGGAAUUUGGAAGGGCAGAGGUAUUUUAGGUGGUUUAGGGGGAAAGGCAUAUUGUACCGGGCUGGGGUGCACAUUCCAACAUCGGAUGCAGUUUCCACCCUGGUGGGGAGGUUGUGUCACAUGGGCUCCCCACCAAAGCACAGGUCAUUGUCCAGCCUGGUGCCCAGUAGGAGAGGCACCAGCCAUACCAGCAGCAUGUGCCCCUGGAUAGGCUGGAGCUCCUCCACCUGUGCCCACAAGGCUUGCUCUCCCAGAGGCAGCAGCUGGCCCAGGUGCUGAGCAUCUCCACUCCAUAUCCCCGAGCUUGCGUUUCUUCCCACAAUGACAGGCAGGGAAUGCUGUCCCUUCCCCUCCCUGGACACGUGUCCCAGCUGGUUGGCUUUGCAGGUCAACCAAGAGUGCUUCCAAGGCUCGCCGAGACCAGAUCAAUGCGGAGCUGCAGGCGCUGCGCUCCCUGCUGCCCAUCUCUGCACAGGAAAAGGAGCGCCUCUCCUACCUCCACAUCAUGGCCCUGGUGUGCCUCCGGCUGCGGGGGGCUCAGCUGUUCCCUCCAGGCUUGGCUCCUCCUACGGGACCGGCCCUUGGCACGGAACUACUCUCCCUUCUCCCGGGGUUUCUGCUUGUGCUCUCAGCAGACAGCAAGCUGGUCUACAUCUCAGAGAACGUGGCUCAGGUCCUGGGCCUCUCCGUGAAGUCACUUUUGUCAGCGAGAUGCGCACAUCCAAGGCCUUCCGGCUGCAGCAUGGGGGGAAUCGGGUCGUGGCAGUGUGCGGGCGCUUUGUGGCCCUGCGCUGGCCACCCUCCCCCUCCACCACAGCCUUCCUGGCUCUCUGCACACCCGUUGUGCAGUCACCCACAGAUGGCGAAGCUGCUUCCCAGGAUGACAUAUUCCAGAGCAUGCAUCUCCUGGACAUGACGUUUAUUGAUGUCACGGAGAGCGUCACCUACCACCUAGGCUACCACCGGGAGGAGCUGGUCGGUCAGUCGUGGUACAGCCUCCUGCACCCUGAGGAUGCUGACCUGGCAGCUGCCCAGCACAGGGCCUUGGCGCUGGGGGCCGGGGCCGGGCCGGCAGCGGGGACCGCCGUGCUGCGAGUGCUGCGCAAGGACCGCGCCUGGAGCUGGCUGCGCGUGUGGGCGCGGCGGGACGGCGGCUGCAUCACCUGCACCUGCCGCUGCCUCAGGGAGGAGGAGGCGGCCCACCUGCGCGCCCGGCAGCCCCGCGCCGCCGCCCUGCCCGCGGGCCGGGAUCUCGGGCGGCUGGCCGAGCAGCUCCGCGCCCUGGCCGACAGCCUCUCGCCGCCCGCCGCCGCCGCGCCCUGCCGCUGGCCUCGUCCCGAGGAAGCCGAGGACGAUGCCUCUGUCUGCCUUGGGAACUCUCUGCCGCACCCUGCCCAGUUCCUCCGGUUUCCUUUCGAGCAGAAAACAGGGCGCAACAUUCCAAGUGUGCUCUCGCAGUGCCGAGUGUUCAGAGAUGCUGACACACCUUGGUCUGCUGGCUGUACCUUUCCUAAUGCAGGCCACUGUGUGUAACCACAUCUCCUUUCAGCCUGCUGGUCACUUCUAACACUGCAGCUGAUCCAGUUGGAGGCCGUGGCAAACCUUCGUUCCGUACACUUGGUGCUCGUGUUAGAAACUUAGUCUGGGCUGCGGUAAAUCCGGCAUCGGGACGACUCAGUCUAGCAGCGCAAAGGGUGCCUCACUUAAAAACACUCAUUGACUUCUUAGUUGGAUAUCGCCAGGGCCUUUUGUGUACGUGACCCAUUCCUCAGAAAGGAAGGAUUUUUGCAUUAAAAAAAAAAAAAAAA